AUGUGUGGGAUUCUUCUUCACUGCCAUGGCUGUUCUAAAAUCGAAAAGGAUAUCUUUCAAGAAAUACAUGAAGCAAAUAUAGCUCGAGGAGAUUACAUGAGUUAUUUGACACCUCCUGAAGAGUUGAGCAACUUGAUUCCCUAUAUCGUUGACCGCGGACCUAACUACGCUUCACUGAAAACGUCCAAAGAUGAUAACAUGACGUGGUUUACUUCCGUACUCUCGCUAAGAGAGCCGUUUACAAAGCAAUGUAUCGAAGUGGAGGAUAGGUUUGUUUUGCAAUAUAAUGGAGAGAUUUACAAUAGUUCCAUCUCGCACAACGAUACCCAAUACAUCGCAGAAAUGCUACUUAAUGCUAAAGACAUACCGAGUGUAAUCAGAACGCUUUCAGGCGAGUUCGCAUACACUAUAUAUGAUAAACUAACCGGGGAAGUCUUCUUUGGUCGGGACCCGAUAGGAAGGCGGAGUUUAAGCUUCAAGUUGGACACCGGUGACUCAAAGAUUUGCAUUUCUAGCGUCAGCGGUAAAAUUGAAGGUUUUCAAGAUUGCCAGGCCGGCGUAAUUUACGUCUUUCAAAAGAACACAGGUGAGCUGAAAUCAAACCUUAGAAUAAACAGCGAACGUUUCGCUGUGUCGAACAAAGUGGACCACGACUUAUCACAAAUAGUCGAGCAAUCUUGUAAGCUUUACGAGCACAUCUCGGCCGCUGUAAGAAAAAGAGUAACAACAAUACACCCAAUGCACACGGAGAACAGACCCAUCUCAAUUCUUUUUUCAGGUGGGCUAGAUUGUUCGGUUAUAACAUCUUUAAUUUGCCAGCAAAUUUUGGAUUUAGGGGGGAAUAUUGUCCUAGAGCUUCUCAACGUUGGAUUCGAGAAUCCCAGGACUGGGCUUAGUCCGUCGCAGGUUCCUGACAGGAUUCUCGGCCAACGGUCUGCUUCAAUUUUGAGGGCUCUUUACCCACAAGUCCAGAUUAUGUUUGUAGAAGUCGACGUUCCUUACUCAGAAUUUUUGAAGUAUAAAGCGCAUAUCAUGAAUAUGAUAUACCCAAAACAGACCGAAAUGGACUUAUCAAUUGCAGCAGCCUUUUAUUUCGCUUCUAGGGGAGAAGGCUUCGUUAAUGAGCCUUCGGGCACAAGAAUCUCUUACAAAAGAAAGGGGCUUGUGUUAUUCAGUGGUUUAGGUGCUGACGAAUUGUAUGGCGGCUACCAUAAAUUUUCAAAAAGAGCAAAUGAAGAAUUGGUGCCUGAACUUGAAGUUCAAAUUAACAACAUCUAUGACAGGAACUUGAAUCGUGAUGACAAGGUGAUAUCUUCCAACGGAGUUGAGAUUAGGUACCCUUUUUUGGACGACCAAGUUGUAGCAUUUUCCACUCAGCUUCCCAUCAACUACAAAGUCAACAAGAUGAUUCUGAGAAAAGUUGCAAGUCAAAAUCUGAAUUUAUCCAGUAUUAGCGAGGAGCCAAAGAGGGCAAUUCAGUUCGGGGCCAAAAGUGCUAAGAUGACGAAGAAUGGCAACAAGCAAGGUACCGAUUUGGUUGUUGCGUGA